AUGGCGGCAAUUCUGUUGAACUACUGGAAGAGCGCAAUGACGAAGCCCAUCACUAAUGAUAUCUGGUUCAUCGCAGCCAACAAGGUGAACGGGUUUGGAUCCCCCUCACACAAAAGGACUAGAAUCAGAAACAAGGUAAAUGGGCCCGGCGCAGGAAGCAAAAGAGGCCGGGGCAAACAAGGUGGAAGGAGAAGCCCCAACCGCAACCGUCUGUUUGAACGUAACGGACAAUGUGAGGUCAGCAGCAAAAAAGGGCAGGACUGUCCUCGAUCAGUGUGCCCAGACUCGGCCUGCGUCAUGGGAAAGUCCAGAUGUGGUUUUACCGGUGAAACGGCUCAGAAGCAGGAUUGCAAGACCAAAUGCCAGUGCAGGAAGGCUAAAUAA